AUGCUGUCUUCAUUAGCAGCUGCCGCUCUUUUCACGGCCUUAGCACAGGCAGAUAAUACCCAAUACACUCUUUCAAUCCAACAAAGCGCUCCUUCAAAUGCCACAGCUGUUCCGGCAGACUUCUUCAGCUUCAGCUGGGAAACCGCCUAUUUCCCAAGUUUCGACAACGACUUCUCGGAAAACAUCAUAAACUCCGUAUACGCUCGCAUGAGCAAGCCUAUCAUUAUCCGAAUCGGUGGCACAAGCGGUGACCUUAUCAAAGUCGACCUAGACCAAGAAGAGACAAGACGCUGCAUCUCUGGACCCUCAUGUCCGUAUUCUAGUCAGGACACCUUUAGCGUGGGGAAGAGCUAUUUUAACGGCUUCCGACGCUUCCAGAAUGCCACUAUGACUAUCCAAGCUCCUUUGACCCCUGUUGAGCCUGACAGCAAAGACGAGGACUGGAUUCCCAAUUCGAUGGAGUACGUUCGUCAAGCAUAUGACGCUCUUGGGAAAGAGCGAGUUAAUGCUAUUGCAUUGGGAAAUGAGCCUGAUUAUUAUUCGUACGGCGUUGAGCAGUAUGUUGAGCGUGCGUUGAAGAUCGAGAAUCGGACCAUCGAAGAGUUAGGGUUAGAAGGCCCCGACAGAAGAAUCUUUGAGCUUGGUGAUAUUGGUUGGACGGUGCUCAAGGAACGAGGAGACGACUUUGGCCUGCACAAAGUUUUUACCAAUGAUCUCAACGCAAAUGGAUACGGCAAGUAUGCUGCGCAGCAUUACUACCAGACCGAUGUGGGAGGUCCAUACGACAACGACGCGCUGCAAGAUCGACUCAUGAACCACCACGCCAUCGCGGAACGCUUCCCCAAAAUACAAAAAGGCAUCGAAUAUGUCCACAGCGAAGAUAGUAAGAUUGAAUUUGUCAUAUCGGAGCUCGGUGCCGCCCUGGGUGUUCCUCCUGUGAGCUUCGCGGGAGGCCUAGGUGCGGGUCUGUGGGCAGUCGACUUGCACCUUACAGCAAUGUCGCGCGGUGUGAAACGGGUAUCCAACAACAUGUUCGAAGACGCACCGGACUCCUUCUGGGUGCCAAAUAAUGAGGGUCAAUUCACGACCGGUCCCUCUGUACAGGGUAUUUUCCCAUCGGCGGCGUUCAUCACCGACUUUGUGGGCAAGGGAGACUCGCUGGGUAAGAUUGUCGAAGUAGAGGUGCCCGGGCAGCCGCAGCGGCUCAGUGCAUUUGCUAUGUACGAUCUUGAGUCCGAAGAACUGGCGCGUGUGGCAUUGGUGAACUUGAAUGUAUGGAAUGAUGACUCUAAUCACCCUCGUGGUAAUGCCUCUGUGACUUGCAAUGUUGGGAAUGGUGUCCAGUCUGUCACAGUGAAGAGACUGCAUUCUGAAAAGGGAUCUGCCGGUGUUGGGUUUGAUCUCGGUGGCCCCGAGCAUAAUGUAACUUGGGCUGGGGAGCAGUGGUCCUUCAAGGUUGAUGAGGGCAAGGGUCAUUUCCCCACAGGCGAUUCGGCGCAAGAGACUGUUACUGUCACAAAUGGCCAAGUUACCGUGGCAGUGCCGGAUAGCGAGGCAGUCAUUGUCUAUUUCAAUGGCGGUUUGCUGGGCUUUUUGGAGGAAACAUUCUAA